AUGUCAGUAAACAAAGAAGAAAGCUUUGAAUAUGACUACGAAAAGGAAAAUGAGAGAGAACGCACAUGUAACAGGCAGAGCCUUGAUAUCUUGGAAGAAGUUUUAUGCGCUGAAAGAGUGGGCCAGAUGACUAAAACAUACAAUGACAUAGAUGCUGUCACACGUCUUCUUGAAGAGAAAGAACGGGACUUAGAAUUAGCUGCUCGGAUUGGCCAGUCGCUGUUAAAGAAGAAUAAAUCACUGACAGAAAGAAAUGAGUUCCUGGAGGAGCAAGUAGAACACAUCAGGGAAGAGGUUUCUCAGUUGCGGCAUGAGCUCUGCAUGAAAGAUGAACUGCUCCAGUUCUACACCAGUGCUGCUGAAGAAAGCGAGCCAGAGUCCAUCUGUUCCACCCCGCUGAAGAGGAAUGAAUCUUCCUCCUCCGUCCAGAACUACUUUCAUUUGGAUUCUCUUCAAAAGAAACUCAAGGACCUUGAAGAGGAGAAUGUUGUGCUUAGAUCUGAGGCCUGUCAACUGAAGACUGAAACAAUUACUUAUGAAGAGAAAGAACAACAGCUUGUCAAUGACUGUGUGAAAGAGCUAAGAGAUGCAAACAUCCAGAUUGCCAAUAUCACCGAAGAGUUAGCAAAGAAAACGGAAGAUGCUGCCCGGCAGCAAGAAGAAAUCACCCACCUCCUCUCUCAGAUAGUCGAUCUACAGAAAAAGGCAAAAGCUUGUGCAGUUGAAAAUGAGGAACUUGUCCAACAUCUGGGAGCAGCUAAAGAUGCCCAGAGACAGCUCACAGCAGAGUUGCGAGAGCUGGAAGACAAGUAUGCAGAGUGCAUGGAAAUGCUUCAUGAGGCUCAAGAAGAGCUGAAAAACCUUAGAAACAAGACUAUGCCAAAUGCCGUAUCACGUCGGUACCACUCUCUUGGUCUCUUCCCUAUGGAUUCUUUGGCAGCAGAGAUAGAAGGGUCAAUGAGAAAAGAACUGCAUUUAGAUGAACCCGACUCUCCUGAUUUUGCUCAUCAGAAGCGCGUCUUUGAGACAGUGAGAAAUGUCAACCAAGUUGUCAAGCAGAGAUCUAUGACUCCAUCACCAAUGAAUAUCCCAGGCUCUAACCAAUCCUCUGCUAUGAACUCAGUCAUGUCUAGCUGUGUCAGCACUCCACGUUCCAGUUUCUAUGGGGGAGACAUCUCUAAUAUUACAAUAGACAACAAGACCAAUAGCAUCAUCUUAGAGACAGAAUCCUCUGACAACGGAAAUGAAGACAGGAUGAAGAAGCCUGGAACUCCAGGGACUCCAGGCUCCAGUGACCUAGAGACUGCCCUUCGUAGGCUGUCCCUCAGGAGGGAGAAUUACCUCUCGGAGAGGAAGUUCUUUGAAGAAGAGCAGGAAAGGAAGUUGCGGGAACUGGCAGAAAAGGGUGAACUCCAUAGUGGUUCCAUUACCCCCACUGAGAGCAUCAUGUCGCUGGGAACUCACUCAAGGUUUUCCGAAUUCACUGGAUAUUCAGGAAUGUCUAUCAGCACUCGCUCCUACCUGCCAGAAAAGCUUCAGAUUGUGAAACCACUAGAAGGUUCUGCCACUUUGCACCACUGGCAGCAGCUGGCUCAGCCUCACCUGGGCGGCAUCCUGGACCCGAGGCCUGGGGUUGUCACUAAGGGCUUCAGGACCUUGGACCUGGACCUGGAUGAAGUGUACUGCCUUAAUGACUAUGAGGAAGAUGAGACAGGUGACAUUUCUUACAAGGGCCUAACUACCUCGACGCCAGUUCAGCACACAGAGACCUCAGGUGAGAGGUCACAAGCACAAGUGACUGUUUCAGACAACAAGAAUAACCCCCGCCAAUCUCAGGCUUUCACAGAGGAGAUGCAGGAGUCCACGGCUGACGAUGAUGAGGGGUCUGUACCUCAUCCUGGGAAGUGCAUGUCACAAACCAACUCCACCUUCACCUUCACCACCUGCCGCAUUCUGCACCCCUCCGAUGAGCUCACACGAGUCACACCAAGCCUUAACCCAGCACCUACUCCAGCUGGUGGCAGCAUUGGCAAUUUGAAAGGCACGCCGGUGGCCACCCCCUGUACCCCACGGCGCCUGAGCUUGGCCGAAUCCUUCACUAACCUCCGGGAAUCCACGACAACAAUGAGCACGUCUCUGGGGCUGGUGUGGCUGCUGAAGGAAAGGGGCAUCUCGGCAGCAGUGUACAAUCCACAGAGCUGGGAUAGAGCCAGCAAGGGCACCCUCCUGAACACGUACCUCCCUAAGAUGGCCAUCAUUCCUUCCACCCCUCCAAACUCACCUAUGCAGACACCUUCUUCUUCCCCUCCAUCUUUUGAGUUCAAGUGCACCAGCCCACCUUAUGACAACUUCUUGGCUUCAAAGCCCGCUAGCUCAAUCUUGAAGGAGGUGAGGAAUAAAAAGAACAUCAGGAACAGUGAGAGUCAGACUGACGUGUCUGUUUCCAACCUUAAUCUUGUGGACAAAGUCAAGAGGUUUGGUAUUGCCAAAGUUGUGAGUUCAGGGCAAACGUCAGCUCCUCCUUUAACUGAUGACCAGGGACCUCUUCUCUGUGGGGCACAAGGACCAGUGAGGGCCUUUGUUCCUGGAGGCCUGGCACCAGAUGGUCUCCCAUUGGGCUGCCCUACCGUGACCAGUGCCAUCGGAGGCAUCCAGCUCAACACUGGCAUCCGCAGGAAUCGGAGCUUCCCCACCAUGGUGGGUUCCAGCAUGCAGAUGAAAGGCCCAACAUCUCUCACUUCGGGGAUCCUCAUGGGAACCAAGCUCCCGAAGCAAACUAGCUUAAGGUGA